GCUCGUAACGUGGAGUUGUUUAUUACUAUUCUCUUGAGUUGACAGACCAACGUUUUACCCUUUAACAGACAGCAGCUUGUUUAAAAUUUGACAGAGUGUCCGCGGAAGGAUAUGGGGAAACCAAAGAAAAAGAGUGACAUCAGCCGAGCUGAGCUGAUGAUGAUGACCAUCGCCGACGUCAUCAAGCAGCUGGUUGAAGCGCACGAGCAGGGCAAAGACAUCAACCUCAACAAAGUGAAGACGAAGACCUCAGCGAAGUACGGACUGGAAGCCCAGCCACGGCUGGUUGACAUCAUCGCGGCUGUUCCGCCACAGUACCGCCGGGUUCUGGUGCCCAAGCUGAAAGCCAAACCCAUCCGAACCGCCAGCGGGAUUGCGGUUGUGGCUGUGAUGUGCAAACCGCAUAGGUGUCCUCACAUCAGCUUUACAGGAAACAUCUGUGUCUACUGUCCAGGUGGACCGGACUCUGAUUUCGAAUACUCCACACAAUCGUACACCGGCUACGAGCCAACGUCCAUGAGGGCGAUCCGAGCUCGCUAUGACCCCUUUCUACAGACCAGACAUCGAGUGGAGCAGCUGAAGCAGCUGGGCCACAGUGUGGACAAGGUGGAGUUCAUCGUGAUGGGUGGCACCUUCAUGGCCCUGCCUGAGGAGUACAGAGACUACUUCAUCAGGAACCUCCAUGACGCCCUGUCAGGUCACACCUCCAACAACGUGGCGGAGGCUGUCAGGUACUCGGAGCGCAGCAACACCAAAUGCGUGGGAAUCACCAUAGAGACGCGGCCGGACUACUGCCUGAAGCGCCACCUCAGCGACAUGCUGAGCUACGGCUGCACCCGGCUGGAGAUCGGCGUGCAGAGUGUUUACGAAGAUGUGGCCAGAGACACCAACAGAGGCCACACAGUGCGAGCUGUGUGUGAGUCUUUCCAGCUGUCAAAGGAUGCUGGGUUUAAGGUCGUUGCACACAUGAUGCCAGACCUGCCCAAUAUUGGCAUGGAGAGGGACGUGGAGCAGUUUAUAGAGUUUUUUGAGAAUCCGGCGUUCAGGCCCGAUGGUCUGAAGCUCUACCCGACGCUGGUGAUCCGGGGCACGGGUCUGUACGAGCUGUGGAAGACGGGCCGCUACAAGAGCUACACGCCCAGCGCCCUGGUGGACCUGGUGGCCCGCAUUCUGGCCCUGGUGCCGCCCUGGACACGGGUGUACCGCGUCCAGAGGGACAUCCCCAUGCCACUGGUGAGCUCCGGCGUGGAGCACGGCAACCUGAGGGAGCUGGCUCUGGCUCGGAUGAAGGACAUGGGCACUGAGUGCCGAGACGUACGGACCCGAGAAGUUGGCAUUCAGGAAAUCCACCACAAAGUCAGGCCUUACCAGGUGGAGCUGGUCAGGAGGGACUACGUGGCCAACGGCGGCUGGGAGACCUUCCUGUCCUACGAGGACCCGGAGCAGGACAUCCUGAUCGGUCUCCUGCGCCUGCGCCGCUGCUCGCCCCAGUCCUUCCGACCCGAGCUGAAAGGAGGCGUGUCCAUCGUCCGCGAGCUGCACGUCUACGGCAGCGUGGUCCCAGUGAGCAGCCGCGACCCCAGCAAGUUCCAGCACCAGGGCUUCGGCAUGAUGCUGAUGGAGGAGGCUGAGAGAAUAGCCAGAGGGGAACACGGCUCGCACAAACUGGCUGUCAUCUCAGGUGUAGGAACCAGAAACUACUACAGGAAGAUGGGCUACGAGCUGGAGGGGCCGUACAUGGUGAAGCAGCUCUACGGUGCACGACUGGACUGACCUGCCGGUUUCCCUUAUCUGGAUGGUGCAAACAGAACCACAGACGCAUACAAAUUAUUAUGAUUUUUCUUUUGUUUUUUAAAUCAAAACAAUAGUCCUGGGAAACAAUUCCUGCAAUGUUUGCAGAGAAACUCUUCCAGCAGCACAGAAAGGAGAUAAUGCUGAGGUUGUUUCCACAGGCCAUUCAUCUCCCAUUAUCUGAAGCUGCUGCAUUCGCUCUGCUUUAUUUAGAUAAGGAGACGUGUGAAUAGA